AUGGACAAGCCUGUUGCAGCAGGUGAAGGCUCAGUGAACCUGGCAGCCAAAGCCAUGUCAAUUCAGAGGCCCCGCUCUCGCUUCCCUUUGGGAGCCACCUUCAUCAUCAACAGUGACUUCUUCGAGCGGUUCUCCUUCUUUGUCACAGCAGGUGUGCUCAUUAUAUAUUGCAAAAAUUUCCUGAGCUGGGACGUCAGCUUCACUGCUACCAUCUACCACACAUUUGUUGCUCUGUGUUAUUUGACACCGAUCCUUGGAGCCAUCAUUGCAGACUCUUGGCUGGGAAAGUUUAAGACCAUUCUCUACCUGUCCAUUGUCUAUAUAAUUGGGCAGGCAGUCUUGACUGUGAGCUCCAUAAAUGACCUGACGGAUCACAACCAGGAUGGCUCUCCCGAUAAUGUAGCAGUGCACAUUGCUCUGUCCAUGGUUGGCUUGAUCCUUAUUGCCUUAGGUACUGGUGGGAUCAAACCAUGUGUGUCAGCAUUUGGUGGAGAUCAGUUUGAAGAAGAUCAGGAAGAGCAAAGAAGUAAGUUCUUUUCUUACUUUUAUGAGAACACUGCUGUUGCAAGUUUCGUAUCUGCUAUAGUCAUCCCAUGGCUCAUGGCUUCACAGUGUGGCAUUCAUAGCAAACAGGAAUGUUACCCCCUCGCUUUUGGAGUUCCUGCUAUCCUCAUGGCUGUUGCCUUGGUUGUGUUUGUAAUUGGAAGCAGAAUGUACAAGAAAGUUAAACCACAAGGAAAUGUAAUGCUUGAAGUUUCCAAAUGUGUUGGAUUUGCCAUCAAAAACAGGUUUCGUCAUCGCAGCAAGAGGUUCCCCAAGAGAGAGCACUGGCUGGACUGGGCAAGUGACAAGUACGAUAAACGACUGAUUGCUCAGAUAAAGAUGGUGUUGAGGGUACUUUUCCUUUACAUCCCUCUCCCCAUGUUCUGGGCAGUUUUUGACCAGCAGGGGUCAAGAUGGACACUGCAAGCCACAGCCAUGAAUGGGGAUUUUGGUUUUCAAAUUCAACCAGAACAAAUGCAGAUUGUGAAGCCAAUCCUGAUUGUUAUCAUUAUCCCAGUUGCUAAUUAUUUGGUUUAUCCUUUAAUCAAGAAAUGCAAGCUGAAUUUUACGCCCCUGAAGAAGAUGACUGUGGGGAUGUUCCUCGGCUCCAUGGCUUUUGUUGCUGCUGCCCUCGUGCAAGUGCAAAUAGAUAAAACCUAUCAAGUUUUCCCUGCAGCUGGGCAAACUCAAAUUAAAUUAAUAAAUCUGGGUGCUGUUCCUGCAACAGUUCAGUUCCAACCUCAACUUCAGAGUGUGGAUGUAGCACCUAAAGAGGCGACUGGCUACAUGACAUUUGAGACUUCUAAGCUGCAAUCAUUAGACAUAAUUUCUGCAAAUGAAAAUAAAACUGAGCAUUUGGAGCUGCUAGAGAGACAACGCUACACUUUGGCAUUUAAACAAGGUCCAACACACAUCAGUUCUACUUGGAUAGAGGACAACAUCACAUCAAAACCAGCAAACAGAGAAUGUCUCGUCAGGUUCAUAAACAAUUUGCCUUUAACUACCACUGUUGCUAUGGAUCACAUCAGAUUUGGAAAACUGGAUCCUCUUUCUGUCAGUAAUUACAGCGUCGUUCCAAAUGCAGGCUGGCCAUAUACCAUUAGCGCCUCAACGGCUCUGACCUAUUGUAGAGUUUCUUCCAAGAUACUUGAAUAUGGAGUUGCCUAUACCAUUUCACUUGACGAUUGUUUUGCUAGCAUACUUAAAGUUACGUACUUUGAAGAUAUUGCACCAAGUACAGUCCAUAUGGCUUGGCAGAUCCCUCAGUAUUUUCUUCUUGCAUGUGCAGAAGUACUGUUCUCUGUCACUGGGCUGGAAUUUUCAUACUCACAGGCCCCGUCUAACAUGAAGUCAGUGCUGCAGGCUGGAUGGCUGCUGACUGUGGCUGUUGGUAACAUAAUUGUCCUUAUCGUGGUUGGGGUAUCUGCAAUCCAAGAGCAGUGGGCAGAGUAUGUGCUGUUUGCUGCCCUGCUGUUGGUAGUUUGCAUCAUUUUUGCUAUCAUGGCUUCUUUUUAUACCUAUAUUGAUCCAAAUGAGAUUGAAGCCCAGUUCAGCAAGGAAGAAAAGGAAGAAGACAAGAAGGAUCAAGACAGCAAUGAAAAGGAAGUUGAAACUGAUUCUCAACUGUAAAAGCUGUAUUCAAGGAGUGUUUGUAAAUCAUGGAAAUCCCACUCACUCUCCUGCAGUCAGAGGAACCAGGGUAUCAGUAAUGACACCUCUGGAUUACAUGUCUUGUGGAAGACAUUAAGCAAAACUGUUUUAACCUAAAGUGCAGCCUGUCUAGGGAAGCAACAGGAAAAUAUGUGUCUCUCUCUUGUACUGAAUUUGGGAUCCUGAAGAAACUCCAGCAGAAGUUGCACUCUUAAUGUACCUCAAUCUUAAAUAUUACAGCAUUAUAAUAUUGAAAUUUGACUUGGAACUAUUGGACCCUUUGAAAAGAUGUAUUUUUAUACUGUAUUUCAAUUUUAUAUCGUGAAGGAAACAAGACUUGUCAAGGAACAGCAAUUGAAGCCAAGCUCUCUGCAUGAUCUCUCUAGCAUCGCUGUUACUUGAAGAGAGCAGGUCACACGUGCCUUAAAUUCUUUUGUAC